ACUUGUCCGAUUUUAAUACAGGUUUUUUUUUACCGAGAGAAAUGCUGAAAUCUAGGUUAAGCCAAGAAAAUCAUCUCGCCGUUUUCCGUUAAAUUACAUUUACAUCGCAUCCAUUUCACUGCGCGCAAACGACCAUGGGUCAGUCACCUUUCACUGUACAACUGCAAUAAUCAAAUCGGUUUUGGGAAAAACCACGGUGGUCGAAUUGCUGCACCCACGUCCGUUACGUUGCCGGUCCGAGAGAAGAGUUCACAACGGACGAAUCGUUUGCGGACCGCGCGUCGGAGCGCGGCGGCUAUACCGUCAACCCGCUGCGGGAGUCCCGACACCGAGCGGCGAGGCCACCACGACUUCCCUACGGCGCACAGCUGUGCCCGGAGCGGACCGAUAGGACCACGGGUUGCUGCCGGUUCAGGUGGGCCGCCCCCCCCCCCGUCAGCCAGCCACGUGCAGCUCCUCCGUUGCCAUGGAUGCCUGCGCACGUAUUCGGGGAGUCCCCAUAAGGUCCAGGGCGUCGGUCCGGAGAGAGACUGUGCGUGACGGCGGGCCGCAGUGGGUGAAGAGCAUCUUUAGGAACAAGAAGGAGCUCUGCAGCGUUGGCGUCGAGCUGCCAAUCAGAGACGCCACGAGGCUGAUCGAGAUUAAUUUUGUGUGUCUGCCUGGCCAAUGUGAAGGAGAUGAUGUCACCCAGCAGGCUCUGUUUGCUAUGCCAGGAGGGCUGUGUGAGCUUCUGAGGUCCCUCCACGUUCACAGCCUCAAAAACGACGAGGUCGUGCUGCUCAAAGACUCCCGCAGGCUGGCUGAGCACAAGGACGCCGGGCCUCAGUGUUGGUUGAAGGCGGUGUGUGUGCUGAGGCACAAUCCCAACACCAGCGUCCAUCCCCAAGCCACCGUGGCGUCCUUGGUGGGCUUGCUCGGCGGCUACAUGGCCGGCGUGCGCUACGCUCUGGAGCUGCAGGCUCUGCAGCGCGGCGGCGGCGCCGGGCCCGGUCACCCGGAGGAAGACGACACCAACCAGUCGGUCUCAUCCAUCGAGGACGACUUUGUCACAGCCCUGGAGCAUCUGGAGGAGGACGACACAGGAGACAAUCCCUCUGCAGCUUCCUAUCCCCAUUUUAAGAAGCGCGACGUGGCUUCACAGACCGUCCCGGCCCACAAGAGAAAAAAGGAAUUCUCCGGCGCCCGCGUCAUCGUCAGCUCGUCUUCGAAGAAGAAUCAUUCGGGAAAACUUCAUCCUGGUCCCGAAGUGUCCGUCACGGUGCAGAAGUCAUCGUGCGUGGAGUCUCAAUGGACUUACUGCAGUCCCGGGGGCCGUCGCCCCUCCCCUCUGACGAAUGCCAGCGAUUCGGAAGACUCCGACUGCUCCAGCCCCAGUCCCAUCAUCUUCCUCGACGAGGUGGGCUACCAGAAGAGCCUGCUGGCCAAGCUGGACAUCCCCCAGGUUCCAGGGGGGCCCAGCGAUCGGGUUGAGGACUCUGACUCGGAAGUCAGUGAAUUCUUCGACAGCUUCGACCAGUUCGACGACCCCGAGGAGCUCAGCUCGGACCACGGCGCCCUGGCUCUGCCUCUGGACGCCACCAGCCCCCCGGCGGCCCAGAAGCAGGCCGGCCGCUCGGCGUCCAAAUACGUCUCGCGGGGCUGCUCCACCAAAGGGAUGAAUCCGCACCGCUUCGACCGGCCCACCCUCCCGGCCAACGUGAAAAAGCCGACGCCUCUGAAGCCGGGCUCCCCGUACUCCCUUCGCUCCGAGGUGCCCGACUCCCCUCGCCCGGUUCAGACGCCCUCCGAGGAGAACGGCGGCCCGCUCUUCAGCCCCGUCAGCUCCUCGGCCUUCAGCCCCCUGGUGGACUCCAGCAGCCCGCUGGAGUGCUUCUGGAGGGCGGACGAGGAUGGACGGGACGGCUCCGAGCUGCGUAAACCCCAGGAGCUCUGCUCUCUGUACAAGACCUACUCGGACUUCGCCAGCAGUCUCUCCAAAGAAAUUCUGGGGUCUGUGUGUGGCUACCAGGCCGCCGUUGACAUCAGUGACAACAAGAAUCUCAGCUGCGUCUGCCACAAGGAGUUCCAGAACGCAUCGGGCUACCUGAUGAAGCUCUCCGAAAUACAGGAGACGGUGACGGUGGCCGCGCUGCAGAAGAAGUCCCAGUCCCUGAAGGACGGCAUCCAGAGGUUCGCCACUGACCUGGUGGAGAUGAGCCUGGGCAGCGCUUUGCGAGACCUCCAAAAAGGCGUUUCCUCCUGCACCACCACCUUGUGUCACCUGGCUGCCCGGCUCACCUCCUCCGUGUUCCAGAUGGCCUUCCACGAGAUUGGCAUGCGCCACGCCUACGUGUUAAAAGAGCGAGCGAUCAACGGAUUGGCCGGCUUCCUGGUGGGAGAAGCCGUGUCUGGGGCGCUGAAGGACUUCCUGACGGUGAAGAAGCAGAUUUUCCACGACACCGUGACGUGUUUUGCUGCCGAUCUGGCAGAAGAGCUGGUGUUUGAAGGCAUCAUGGAGGUGUGUCAGUUCUCCCACCCCUCAACCCCUCUGACGCCGAGCGAUUGGUCCUUUGGCCAGAGGCAAGGGGAGGAGGAGGAGGAGGAGGAUGAAGAAGAAGAAGAAGAAGAGGUUGUUUCCUCGUAUGCUUCAGACUUGUCUGAGUCUGUUAUCCAAGAGGCCUUCAUAGAGCUGUCUCAGGCUGAUGUUUCCUUCACCAGCCAGGCGGCUAUUAGCGUCUCCUUGGACAACAUCUGUUAUGUCAGUGCAGAGAACGGUGGCGCCCAGACCUGCAGUACCUUCGCCCACCAGCAGGUGUUAAGUUCCAGCUCGGCUGCAGCGGUUCCCGGGCCCUCGGGGGAGGAGGCUACCCGCACGGUGAAGAAAGCCCUGUUCACCGUGUCGGGCAUGGCCAGCUGCAUUCCUGUGCCCCAAGCAGGCGAAGCCCUCUCCCACCUGCAGGACUCUGAGGAGACCGGUUCGUCCAGCUCGUCGGAUGUCCAACCGGUCGGCCCCAAGAGGGGAACCGCGUCUUCCUCCGACAGCAACACAUCGACCCAAACGAACCUUUCCAGUCACGGGACGCAGACCCCAACGCCUGGAGAAGAACCCUCCCAAGGAAAGUCCCCAUUCCAAAACUUCUCUGGCAACAUGGUGGAUUUGAUAGUAACUGAGGCUUGUGAGCUAAUGACGGCAUCUAAGAUGAAGAAGAGCUUUGGUGACUGCGCUGAUUUCUUUACAAAGAGCAUCAAUAGCAGAAGGGACUCUUCUUCCAAGCCAGAGGCGUUUAAUUAUGAGGCUCCGGACUCCCCGUCGGAGCAGGGAGCCGGCUUCAGAUAUGACUGUAGGGAUUCUGGCUACGUUAGGAUGGGUGGACCCGUCGACCCGGCAACAGAUCACGGCAUCCCUCACGUUUCCUUUCAAGCCGGCUCUCAAAGCCAGAGGAGAGCCGUGACGAUGCACACUCUGGACGUGCCGGGGGCCGAGGCGGUCGGACCCCGGAGGGUGCCCGUUGACGACUCGGCUCCGGGCUCCGGGCAGAAAUCCGGCGGCACGCCCGGCACCCCCCCUUCCACUCCCCAGCAGCCCAGCGAGGUGUCCAAGGAGAGACAGAUAAAGCGCUUCUCCAAGAAGCUGAAAAGCAAGCUGGCUAAUGAAUUUUCUCCCGCUACCCCCCCGCCUACUCCUCACGAUCAGCCCGAGCCUGGCCCGGGACCAAAGGACCUGACCCCCGAGGAAGACAAGGCGGAGUUCAUGCUCAAACUGAUGAGGUCUCUCAGCGAGGAGGCAGACGGCAAUGAGGACGAAGAGGAGGAAGAGUUGGCAGAAGAGGGCCGCGUUGGUGCCACCGACAGAUGUUCAGAGUUGGGGGGCGGCCGGCGCGAAGCCAACCAGGUGUCCGCUCGCGGAAUGUCCAACAAGGAAGCCCUCCACUAUGCUGAGCGGUUGGCCUGCCACAUUGUCUCCAUGGCAACAGAGAUGGACACCCUAGGAGUGGCAGAAGAGGAGGAGGACGGGGAGGGGGAGGAGGAGGAGGAGGGAGGGGAGAGCAAGGGCGGCGAGCAGAGGAGGGACAGCGUGGCCCAGUUCUCAGAGCAGACCCUGAACACCUUGUGGGUGUACGCCGGGGAGGUGGCGGGGGGGGUCAUCAACGACGUGAAGAGGAUGGUGAGCUCCGCACAGCAGUGUCCGUACCACAGAAGGCGAAGCUUUGACCAAGCUUGUUCUGAGUGUUUGCACCACCACCACCAACAACAACAGCACCACCAGUCUCCGCCCAGCACAGACCAGAGCAGAGACUCCCGGGGGGCACGGCUGGCCGAGCAGUGGUCUCACGAGCUCGUAGCCUCCGUCUUCCGGUCUCCCGCCUCCACCUCGAGCACCGCGUCCAGCUCCAGCUCUGGCCUCUCCUCCGAGUAUCCCAGCUGCGAGAGUGUGACCGACGAAUAUGCCGGCUACCUCAUCAGGGUGCUGAAGAAAGAGGGCGGCAGCAGGGAGUUGGUCCUGGACCACUACGCCAGCCGGCUGGCUUACCGCUCCAUAAAACUGGGCUUGGCUCACGCCGGUCGCAGGAUCAAGCAGAGGUCCUCCGGCGCCCGCCUCCACUCGUCCAAGUCGCUGCCCGAUGAAUGGAAGGCCUCUGGCGGUGAGGCGUCUCCAGCCAAGGACGGCGCCGAGUCGGCGGUUUCUCCGCAGGCCAAAGAUGCUCGGUGUGUCUGCAAGGACUCCGAAGAGCAAAGUCGGCGGGAGUACAUGGACCUGGUCAGCUUCGCCGAGUCCUUGGCCUACAACAUCACCUGUGACGUGACGCGCAAGCUGCACCUCUCCUCGGCGCGGCUGCCCAAGUCUCUCACCGACUCCUGCCUGUACAAGAGGUCCAAGCUGGAAGACAUGGCCGAGGGUCUCGUCAGGAACUCCUUCUCUUGCCCCCUGUUGCCUAAGGAGGGGAGGGGCCGGCAUUACCACAGCACAGGGAGCCUGUACGACGGGGGCCACAGGAGCCGGGUGAUGCAGGUCAUCGAGCAUUAUGCCAGGAAAAUAGUUGAUGACACUCUGAAGAUGAGCCUGGCGUCGGCGGGACUGUUGUCCCGGGAGCGGCACAGGACCCGAGGCCCGGACGGGCACGCUCACACCCAGAGGGCGUCCGAGGGGCCGUCACUGGGCCACGCGAUGGCGGCGAGGACGUGCCGUUGUUGUCAGGUCCAGGAGUGCCCGUACUGCGCCAAGCACAGCAGGCGGCCCCCCCAGCGCGUCGCGCAGAGGGGCAAAAGGGCCCCGGAGUGCCAGGCGAGGGCCGAGCGUCUGCCCGGCCCGGAGAUUCCCAAGAUCCACAUUGACCGGGACCGCCGGGCGGUGUUCGCCGAGGGGAUGGUCUCCAUGGCGAUGGACACGGCGAAGCGCGAGCUGAGCAACACCAGCCUCAACGCCGACAGCGGCAUCGGCCACGACGGGACCAGCUACGCCGAGAGCCUGACAGCCGAGAUCAUGACGUCGGCCCUGACCAACGUCUGCCAGAGCGCCAGCAUCAGCUUCCCAGGGAGGGAAGCCCCCGAGUCCUCCGUGUCCCAGCAGCUGAGCGUAGGGGACGACAGUCUGGGCAGCUGGUCCAACCUGAGCUUCGAGGAUGAGCACCCGGACGACAACAGCAGCUUCCUCCACCUCAGCGACAGCAGCAAUGGGAACAGCAGCAGCUGGAGCAGCCUGGGCCUGGAGGGGGAGGCGUGUGAGGAGCGCAUGUCCUUCUCUCCCUCUGACAGCGACCACACGGAGGAGAAGGAGACCGAGGCCAAAGAGGAGUCCAGCGGGACGCUCUGCGUGGACAGGACUCAGGCGGCGCCCCCCAGGGCCGCGCUGCUCGUGGUGAACUCUGACGUCAGGGAGUUGGGGCGCGGCCCCCAGCACGUGACCCUCGACCCCCAGCUCAGGAGCAUGCUGCAGUGGAUGGCGGCCUCCAUGGCCGACAUCCCCUUGAUCCAGCUGGGUCCCGACAGAGAGCUCCAGCAGCUGCCAGCGGUGAUCCAGAGGCUCCGGGAGAGGAGGUGCAGGGUGGGGGAGCUGCUGCACACGCUGCUGCGCUACUGCGAGGAGGCCCAGGCGCACGGCCCGCCCAGGGACGAGGGGGCGCCGCAGGCGGGCAGGGAGCCGCACCGCGUGCCCCUCUUCCAGUGGCUCCUGGAGCACGCCUAGGUCCUUGUCUCCUUCCCCCCCCCCCCCCCCCCCCCCCGGCGCUGCAAACUCCACGGCCGCCAGAGGGCGCCGCAGAAGUCUACCGGCCCCGUUGUUGCUGUGGUGGCGCGGCGUGUGUUGUGCGUUGCAUGCAGUGGCCUCCGGUACCUCCGUCGUGUGAUGCUUUUCUACCCCCCCCCCCCCCCCCACCCCUGGUUUCGUUGUUUCAGAUUUAGUAUUUAUCGGGCCGCGUAGAUCUUGUGUGGACUCAUGAGCUGUCUCCCCCCCCCUCACCCGCCAUCACGUCUGAACCGAAGCCCUCACACCGUGCUGCCAUUGGGCUCGAGCUACACACACAAGUGUGUGAGAGACACACACACACACACUACACCCUUGUAUUAUCAGAGGGAAGCCGAGAGACACCCACAGUCGUGCAUAGUAUUCCAUUAUAGUAUUUAUCAAUCACUGUGGCGUUGUGUCUCUCCGAUGAACCCAUAUCGGCAGUAAGCCGCUGCGCUGAUGACCAGACGGCGGCGGAAUGACAAUUGGCUCUCGGCGAAGUCGCCCCUCGCCAUUAUCGGUAUUGCCGUCGUAUCGAAUGUGUCGCCGAGCCUCAAUCUCCUCGGUUGUCAAACUCGGUAAGAAACACUCUUGAGUGGAAGGUGUUUGCUGUGACGGUUUGUAUCAGAGAGACUUUUUAAUGCUGCUCAAAGAAA